AUGGCAAGCCUUCUUAAGUCCCAGGCCGCUUUCAAAGAGCGAGCAUUGGAAUGUGGACUGACCGAGGCAGAGCAUGAUGCCCUAGUGGCCCGUGGCGUCACUACGCUCUCAGGUGCUGCUUAUGCUGUUUCCACACCGGGUGUCACACCCACUGAGGCGGCCCUCAGAGGGCUUCUUGAUCCAGUUGCUCCUGAGGGUGUUAGUGUGGGGUCUCUUGCUGCCAUUCGUCGUCUUGUCUUUGAGAGUCAGACCCUCGCAAUCGCCGAAGUGAAGCUUGCCAUAGAAGGUACAGAUGGUGAGAAGCGCUCCGAGCUCGCUCCAGCCGAGCGUACUAGUCGGAUUGCAGCACAAAAGGCCCGUCUGUGUGGUUACGACCUCACAGGCACAAUGGAGGUCGCGCACUCGUGUUACACUUAUGUGGGGACAAUGAUUGAUGCUGACUCGCCCUUUUAUUUGGAGCCACAUAAAUUCAUAACACGUGCGCAAGAGAUCUCUCACGAGCGACCGGGCAAAGAAAUUGUGCUUGAUGCCUCCAAGCUCACUGUUCGUGAUAAGUCUUCGUUUCAUCGCAUGCAGAUACAGAAUGAGUUGCAGCUUUCCCAAGCCUUCACUAGGAGGAUCUCGAUGGAGCAAGUACUCAGAGCCGACCGUCAGGCAUGGCAAAAGCUUGCUGAGAUCGUCCCUUCCAUCAAGAGGACCUCUGCCGGGGCCCUGCCGCUCGACUCUGCCUUUCCUACCUUGCCAACCGAGGGUUCGAUAUCUUUUUAUCUGUUGCCAACCAGGCUGCAGGAACUCGACGACAAGCCCCCUCGUAAGCCUUGGAAAGGGAACGGCAAGGGUAAAGAUCAGAAGGGCGACCGGGGCACUAAGCGUGAUUCCGAGGGCAAGGAGAAGACGCCUCCUGAGCUCCCCGAUGCUCUCAAGGACAU